AUCGUCUGUUUACUGGAGUUUGAAGACAUCUGUAUCUACCAGAAGAUCCAAGAUGGAUCUCCAUCCGAACACUACUACCACAUUCCUUGAGAACUGGGGUUUGGAUGAGUCACCAUCUGGCUGUAGGAGACGUUAUAAUGUCAGGAAAAAACUGAAGUUCAUUAGAAUCUUAGGCCUUUUCAUGGGCCUGGUGGCCAUCAGCACUGUCCCAUUUACAAUCAGUGCCUUUUCUGAGACAGAGCCACAGAGCACAGGAGAAGCCAAUAGUGUAAGUGACCCUAAGGAAGCACAUGGUUACCGUCAAAGAACUCUCUUAGAUUUAAAUGACAAGAUUCGGGAUUAUACACCCCAGCCCCCUCUUCCUCAGGACAGCAAAACUGAGAAUACUACAGAGCAUGCCCAAGGAGACUACCCAAGAGACAUCUUUUCCCUUGAGGACCGAAGGAAAGGAGCCAUCAUUCUCCAUGUCAUUGGAAUGAUCUACAUGUUCAUAGCCUUAGCCAUUGUCUGCGAUGAAUUCUUUGUCCCCUCUCUGACUGUCAUCACUGAAAAGCUGGGCAUUUCUGAUGAUGUGGCUGGAGCCACAUUUAUGGCUGCGGGGGGUUCAGCCCCAGAACUUUUCACAUCUCUCAUAGGGGUCUUUAUUGCCCACAGCAACGUUGGCAUAGGCACGAUCGUGGGCUCAGCAGUGUUCAAUAUCCUCUUUGUUAUUGGCAUGUGUGCUCUGUUUUCUAGAGAAAUCUUAAACCUGACAUGGUGGCCACUCUUUCGGGAUGUGUCUUUCUACAUUGUUGACUUGAUCAUGCUGAUCAUUUUUUUCCUGGAUAAUGUUAUUAUGUGGUGGGAAAGCUUGCUUCUAUUAACAUCUUAUUUUGCCUAUGUGAUUUUCAUGAAAUUCAACGUCCAAGUAGAAAGAUGGGUGAAGCAAAUGAUAAACCGCAAUAAAGUCAUCAAAGUGACAGCGCCAGAGGCCCAAGAAAAGUCAUCUACAACCAGGGACAAGGAUGAGCAGGCGCUCCCGGCUAAGCCCCGUCUUCAACGAGGUGGAAGUUCUGCAUCUCUCCACAACAGUCUCAUGAGGAAUAGCAUCUUCCAGCUCAUGAUACACACCCUGGACCCACUCGCUGAAGAACUUGGAUCAUAUGGAAAACUAAAAUAUUAUGACACAAUGACUGAAGAAGGGCGGUUCAGAGAAAAGGCUUCAAUUCUCCACAAGAUCGCCAAGAAGAAAUGCCAUGUGGAUGAGAACGAGAGGCAGAACGGGGCUGCCAACCACGUGGAAAAAAUUGAGCUCCCAAACAGCAGCAGCACUGAAGUUGAGAUGACACCAACCAGUGAUGCUUCGGAGCCUGUGCAAAAUGGAAACCUCUCCCACAACAUUGAAGCUGCAGAAGCCCAGGCGGGGGAAGAGGAAGAGGACCAGCCCCUGAGCCUGGCCUGGCCUCCCAACGCCCGAAAACAAGUCACUUUCCUGAUUGUUUUCCCGAUAGUGUUUCCUCUCUGGAUUACUUUACCUGAUGUUCGCAAAUCUUCAUCCAAGAAGUUUUUUCCCAUCACGUUCUUCGGUGCCAUUACCUGGAUUGCAGUUUUCUCUUACUUGAUGGUGUGGUGGGCCCACCAGGUGGGAGAGACAAUUGGCAUCAGUGAGGAGAUUAUGGGCCUGACCAUCCUGGCUGCUGGCACUUCCAUUCCUGAUCUUAUAACCAGCGUCAUAGUAGCCCGGAAGGGGCUUGGGGACAUGGCCGUGUCCAGCUCUGUUGGAAGCAAUAUUUUUGACAUCACUGUAGGGCUCCCGCUGCCCUGGCUCCUGUUUACCAUCAUCCACCGAUUCCAGCCAGUGGCCGUCAGCAGCAACGGCCUCUUCUGCGCCAUCGUCCUGCUCUUCAUCAUGCUGCUCUUCGUCAUCCUCUCUAUUGCUCUCUGCAAAUGGCGGAUGAACAAAAUACUGGGCUUCAUCAUGUUCGGCCUCUACUUUGUGUUCCUGGUGGUCAGCGUCCUUCUAGAAGACAGAAUUCUUAUGUGCCCUGUCUCCAUCUAGCAAGAAAAGCCAUAUCUUGAACCAAAAGCAUGGAUGGUCCCUUCCGCUCUGGGCUGUAGGCUCAUUAACCUCUUGAGGAGAGGUAGCUAGCACACAACCCUGGGUAUUUCAAGUGUCCCUCCUCAAAGGUUGAUUUGAGGAGGGAUGGCUUUAGCUGGGGCCAUCCACUCCAUAGG